AGAUUAGAGCCAGUGCGGGCCGUUCCGCGCCGCGUUCGUAAGCCCACUUAAGACUGUUUUUAAUACUAGUAUUUUUUACGCGAUCCCGCAAGGAUUUAGCGGAUUCCCGUCGCGGAUCGUGCGCUUUGAUUUAUCGGUAUCGGUCUGUUCUUGUGUUUACGUUAGUGGGUGACGGGCGGCCGCGUGGACGCGUAAUCCAGCGGCUUGGACGAGAUUAUGACGGAUAUCAUCGGAUUUCGUGCACGCACACUGUGACCGUCUUCCUAAGGACUUCCGACUAAAUAGCCUUAUACUACAACCUAAACGAACUAACAGCACUAAUAUUACAUUUUUCAAGGUACGCUAAUGCUUUACGCCCAAUAAGCGUAAAAAGACAGUCGCUAACGCGGCUCAUUUGCCAAAAGUACGAAGAAAGCAUCACGAUUCAUCUCCGAGUGUACAAAGAGGCGCUGGCGGCCGGUAUGGAGCCGCUAAGCGAGAAUGGUCUGUGCCUAAGUGAACUGGAACUCCACGGAGGAGGGCACUUGCACGAGUCCGUUGCGGCGUCAGUCGGCUCAGCGAUAUCGAGUCUGAUGGCGCCGUUACACCACGAGCCGCAGCACGCACCGUUGCAUCAUGCUCCGCCCUUACACCAUGAGCCGUUAGAAAAAUUAAAGCUGUGGGCAGAAACUGGUGAGUUUCGAGAUAGCGGGCACUCGUCACUGGCCUCUGGUGGCUCGGGCGUUGAUCAGUCCUCUCUAUAUGCGCCGCCACGGCCGAGACGCGAUCGGAAACUAACAGACGACAUGUCAUCAUUCCUAGGUCGUCCUCUGACAGAGCCGACUAUCAAGACGGAGUCGACAACGCCUGGCGUGGGCCCCGAUGAGCCUCUAGACGACAAAGGCGACAAGAAAAACAAGAGACAGCGACGGCAGCGCACGCACUUCACCAGCCAGCAGUUACAGGAGCUUGAGGCGACGUUUGCGAGAAACCGCUAUCCUGACAUGUCCACACGCGAGGAGAUCGCAAUGUGGACAAACCUUACAGAAGCACGAGUUAGGGUGUGGUUCAAAAACCGGAGAGCUAAAUGGCGGAAACGUGAAAGAAACGCCAUGAACGCUGCUGCCGCUGCCGCUGCAGAUUUCAAGAAUGGUUUUAGUACGCAGUUUAACGGUCUAAUGCAACCGUUUCCAGAUACGGAUGCGUUGUAUUCGUCUUAUCCUUACAAUAACUGGGCGGCGAAAGUACCUAGUCCGCUUGGUACUAAAAGCUUUCCAUGGCCUGUCAAUCCACUGGGCUCUGUCGUCCCUGCGAGCCAUCAUCAAGGUUCUGUAAACUGUUUCAAUACCGCGACGUCAAUGGGCGGAGUUGGUGGAGGUGGCAUGGGUGGCGUAGGCGGUUCUGCCAGUGUCGGUGGCGGAGUAGCGCCAUGUCCGUACACGGCACCACCGAAUCCUUAUAGUAUGUACCGUGCGGAGCCAUGCCCGGCGAUGUCGUCAUCUAUCGCAUCCCUCCGACUGAAGGCGAAGCAACACUCAUCUGGUUUUAGUAGCGGAUACGGCACAGUGUCACCUGUGUCGCGUGCAGGGUCAGCCCCGUUGUCUGCAUGUCAGUACGCGGCGGGCGGGGUGGGCGUGUCGGACCGCGUGCUUUGAGACGAGGCCCGCGGCCGAGACGAGACGCGAUCGCCAGCGCCGUUACUCGCAGCCGCACGCGCUUCCUAGUCGCCGCCGGCGCGGGCGCAUUCCAGCGCCGCGCACGCGCACGGCCUUUACCGCCACCUCUGGGAAUGGUUCGACUAAUGAGUCGACAUCGGAGACUUCGCUCGACCUCAUUACGUGAGAUCCCAUUUGAUAGGUUACGAAACUACGGGCAAUAAAAACUAAACGAUUCGUUCUAGACAUUAUUUUGUAAAUAUGUAGCUAUGUAUGUACGUAUACCAAAGCGAUGUGUGCAAUUUUUACAAGCUUAAAUGUAUGUAGAUUAAUAUAAGAUUUUUUUCAAUUGUGUACCUUGACGGCGUUCGUUGUAAAUAUAUUUAGGUUAUUUAUUUUUACAAAAUUUACUUUAUUUC